GAAAAACCAGAUUCGAAUGGCCGCUCGCGAGAGCUUCACCAGGACGGCCAACAGCGAGGCGAUUCGAAGAGCCGAGCUGAGGCAGGUUCGCCCCAGCCGUGGCCCGUUCCCUGUCGGCACCUACGUUUUCUAUUACGAUGCUGCCAGCAAGCAACCGGGCCCAGAUUGCUGGAGAGGCAUUGCAAGGAUCGUUGGGCGAGAAGGCCAGAGCACUAUCUGGCUGUCGCACCGGGGAAUCCUGAUUGCCGUUUCCCCCGAGCACCUUAGCCUCGCGCACGACGAGGAGGUGGAGCAGCGGACCGUGGUUGCAAACGAGCACUCCCUCGUCGAUGCCAUGCCGGCUUCAGGUGGCAGCGGUUUUCUAGAUCUACGACAAGCACCACGGCCGCCCGAGGAGCCAGAACGCCCGAACGAAACCGAGGAGAAGCCCGACGAGGAGAUGCCGGGUCUCAGCGAGCAGGGCGGCAGCACAACUUCGGUGGAGAGGCAGGCCUCCGAGCGAGACGCCCGGAGGAUGAGGAAGAGCUCUGAGUUCUUCGGCGCGAAGGAACGUGAGAGACGAGCUCGGCGCGAACCUUCUCUACUACCGCCGCCCCGGCCGGUCGAGAGUGAGCCUGGACAGUCCUCAGCCACGCCGGCCGCGACAGCACGAGAGCAAGCUGAAAGAGACGACGCUGGGCUGCCACCUCUUGAGGUUCCAGACUACGACCCGGACCUUGACGAGUACGAGCCGGAGCGGGACGACUACCGUCAGGCACGGCCCGCUCUGACAAGGCAGCUCAGCCCAAUCGUCGACGACCCCGCAGCCGAGGCGAACGAGAGAGAAGCCAAACGACUGCGAGUGACGAGUGGAGACGAGGCGGCGCACAUGGUGACCGAGCACUUCAGCGCCUUUGCCGCGGCCAGCACCAAGAACUACCUCAAGGAGAAGGCCCGCGAGCACUACCGGAAGCACGCGGACUUUUACGAGGCCCUUGCCGUUACCGAGGGCACCUUCCUUUUCAGCUGCAGCCGAAACCGCUUUGAUGAGCGGUACCAGGCCUUGGCAGCUACCACGGCCAAGAAGGGAAGGAAAGAGGUCAGACUGAACGACCUGACCCCCGAGCAGCAGAACCUCUUCACGAAGCCUGGCGGUUCAGACGAGAAGGAGUGGAAAGCCUGGCUGGGCAAGGGCGCUUGUGAGGUGCUUAGUUUGGAAGCCAGCCGGGAGAUCCGGAGAACGAAGGCGGACCUCAUCAUUCCCACGAGGUGGGUGAGGACCAACAAGAACGACAACCUCUUCGGUGCCGAGUUCCUGGCGGAGAGCCGUCUGGUGGUUCAAGGCUUCAAGGACCGAGCCCUGGGCCAGUACAGGCGAGACGCCCCCACGGCGAGCGCAACCGCGGAGAGCAUAUGCUUGGCGAUCUGCGCCAACAAGCGCUUUCUCCUGUUCGCGAAGGACAUCAAGAAUGCCUACUUCAGCGGGAAAAGCAUGACCAGAGAGAUUUAUUUGGAGCCGCCAAAGGGCGGUUUGCCAGACGUUGCCCCCGGACAGCUGUUGCAGGCCAAGAAGGCGAUUUAUGGUUUUGCCGAGGCGGCCCGAAUGUUUUGGCUUGCCUUGAAGGAACACCUUCAGGAGGAUGGCUGGGAGGAGUCCCGACUGGAGCCGGCCCUGUUUUACUAUCGGGUCAAGCAAGUGCUGCAGGGCAUCCUGGUGACCCACGUGGACGACCUUGAGGGGCGCGAGGUGAAGCAGCACGAGUCCGGGAACAUCGACGUGAUGAUGCGUAACUACGCUUUGUCGCUCAAGCCUGUGCCAGUGCAGCGAGACAGGCGACAGCGCCUGGAGGACCCCUUGACUGAGAAGGAGAUGGAGCUCUACCAAAGUUCGGCGGGCGAGCUGGGAUGGUUGGCCCGCCAAUUGAGGUGCGACCUGGCCUAUGAGAACGGGGUGGCUCAACGAGCAAACCUGGACGCCAGAGUGGCCGACCUUAUUCGGCUGAAGCAGUUCAUCGGGGCAGCGCGUCGCGGCGCUGACUUCCACCUACGUUUCUGGGCCGACGUGUCCCUCAAGGACAGCGUCGUUGUGCACCUUUCUGACGCCGGCCACGCCAACGGCACCCCGGAGCAUGACGAGAAGAUGCGUUAUCGGAGCGUGGGCGGCUACUUCAUCCUUCUUGCAAACAAGGGCAUCCUGGAGGGCAAGGAGGUGAAGGCCAACAUCCUGGCCUUUAACUCGGGGCAGACCAAGAGGGUCUGCCGUUCAACUCUGGCGGCAGAGGCUUCGCACCUGGCCGAAGCAGUGGAGGCCGGUGACUGGAUCAUCGUGGUCCUUGAAGAGGCCUUGACGGGCAAGGUUGACCUGCGGAACUGGCCGGAGGUGAUCCAGCAGAGGCAGCGCGUCUAUGUUACAGACGCCCGCUCCGUCUUCGACUACUUGCAGAAGGACGCUACGAGCACAAGCUCAGACAAGCGGAUGGCCAUUGAAGGAGCCUUGCUUCGCGAGACCGUGAGGCAGCCCGGCGCCAGCGUGAGGUGGAUAGAUGGUCAGCAGAACAUCAGUGACGUGCUGACCAAAAGUGGCGCCGAUAAGGAAGGAUUAAAAGACUUCCUUCGCACCGGAAUGCUCGGCCUCACCCAGAGUGAAGCCAACCGCCAGCUCAAGGCGAAGCAGCAGGAGCAGCGUGCCCAGCGCAAAGUUGUGAAGCGGUCCAAUGAUGAGGCCCGACAGCAGCAGCGAAAGCAGCAGCUGCAAACGACGAUUCAGCAGCUCGAGCCCGACCUGGAGGACGAUGCCGGUGACCAGCCAAAAUAA